GAUACAAAUUACUCUAGAAUGUCACUUCAAAGACUCUUUCAAAAUUAAAAAAAAAAUGAACCAAUCGAUGAAACGUCUUUUAAGCAAAUCGCUAUGUACAUCGGCCGCCGGAGCCAAUCUAAAACCACCGCCGGCAGAUCCCGCCGCCAUAGCUAAGCUCAUCCUCUCUUUUCACCAAACCCUAGACGAUCAAUUUAUUCUCUCCACCAAAACAACCCCAUGGACCCCAAAUCUCGUCAACUCUGUUCUCAAGCGCCUCUGGAAUCACGGUCCAAAAGCCCUCCAAUUCUUCCACUUCCUCGACAAUCACCACCGCGAAUAUGUCCACGACGCUUCCUCCUUCGACCUCGCAAUCGACAUUGCCGCCCGUCUUCACAUCCACCCCACCGUCUGGUCCCUCAUUCACCGUAUGCGCUCUCUCCGCAUCGGUCCUUCUCCCAAGACCUUCGCAAUCGUCGCCGAGAGGUACGCUUCCUCCGGGAAACCCGAUAAAGCGGUAAAGCUGUUUCUGAAUAUGCACGAACAUGGUUGUUUUCAGGAUUUGGCUUCUUUCAAUACGAUUCUCGAUGUGUUGUGUAAAUCUAAACGCGUUGAGAAAGCUUAUGAGUUGUUUAGGGCUCUUAGGGGGAGAUUUAGUGCUGAUACAGUUACUUACAAUGUGAUUGUUAAUGGUUGGUGUUUGAUCAAACGGACGCCUAAGGCUUUGGAGGUUUUGAAAGAGAUGGUUGAUAGAGGGAUAAACCCUAAUUUGACUACUUAUAACACAAUGCUCCAAGGUUUUUUCAGAGCUGGGCAGAUUAGACAGGCUUGGGAAUUCUUCUUGGAGAUGAAGAAACGGAAUUGUGAAAUUGAUGUUGUUACUUAUACUACUGUGGUUCACGGGUUUGGUGUUGCGGGGGAGAUAAAGCGGACGAGGAAUGUUUUCGAUGAGAUGAUUAGAGAAGGUGUGCUUCCUUCUGUUGCGACAUACAAUGCUUUCAUUCAAGUUUUGUGUAAGAAAGAUAGCGUAGAAAAUGCGGUUGUCAUGUUUGAGGAAAUGGUGAGGAAAGGUUAUGAGCCGAAUGUGACGACUUAUAAUGUGUUGAUCAGAGGGUUGUUUCACGCUGGAAAGUUCAGUCGCGGAGAGGAGUUGAUGCAGAGAAUGGAAAAUGAAGGCUGUGAACCAAACUUCCAGACAUACAAUAUGAUGAUACGCUAUUAUUCGGAAUGCAGCGAGGUUGAGAAAGCAUUGGGUUUGUUUGAGAAGAUGGGGACUGGUGAUUGCUUGCCAAAUCUAGAUACUUAUAACAUACUGAUUAGUGGAAUGUUUGUGAGAAAAAGAUCAGAAGAUAUGGUGGUCGCUGGUAAACUGUUGCUUGAGAUGGUUGAGAGAGGGUUUAUACCCCGGAAAUUCACUUUUAAUCGAGUUCUGAACGGGCUCCUUUUGACAGGGAAUCAAGCUUUCGCAAAGGAAAUCUUGAGAUUGCAGAGUAAAUCUGGUGGCAGGCUUCUCCGCAAGUUCAGGCUAUGAAGUUCCUAAUCUGCAUUUGAUAGGGGAUAGACUCUUGCUAUGUUUACAUCAAUGAAUACCUGCCCCAAACAUUGCAUUGCAGUUAAUGGAGACUGGACCAGGAAAGGCAUUGAUACAUUGUUCAAAGAGCUUCAUGGGAUAUAGCAAGAACAGUUUAUUAUCAAUGCCAAACUACACAAGUGCUUUAUUAUUAUGGGCAAAAAUUCAGUGCCUUUUACAGUAGCUGUGAUUGUGAGUAUAGAAAAUGGAAUUGAUACAAAGUUGGAAAAUUCUUGGUGUAAAUAAAUGAUACAUGUGAA